AUGUCCGCAUACGGCCCAGACAAGCACUUCAGCCUCACGCACAUAGUGUACGACGGCGCGUCGCCCUUGGGCGUCCCGCUCGCGCUGCUGUCCCUCUCGCCAAUCUUCCUCUUCGUAGCGUACUUCGCGCUCGUGGUGUUCGGGCGGCGCCUGUCGCUGCUUAUCCUGGCAGCCGGGAGCGUGGUCAACGAGGCGCUGAGCUUGCUCCUCAAGCGCGCGCUCAAGGCCCCCCGGCCCUAUCCGGACAUGGUGCACGUAGGCGACGGCUACGGCAUGCCCUCUAGCCACUCGCAGGCGGGCGCGUUCGUCGUCGCCUGGGCGGUGGGGUACGCACUCAGCUUGCGGUCGAGGUAUACCCGCGCCGCUGCCAGCCCACGGGUCGCGCUGGUCAGGAAGGUGCGCACGGGGAUUUAUCUGUUCGGCGUCGUCGCCUGGUCCGCUGCCGUCGCGUACUCGAGGUACGAGCUGCGAUACCACUCCAUCCCGCAGGUGCUCGCUGGAUACGCCGUCGGGCUUGUGUUCGGCGCCGCAUGGUACCUCGUCACGGAGCACAUCCCGCGCACGCAGCCCAAGUCGGUGUUUGGCCGCGUCCGCGGGCUCAUCGAGUGGCUGUGGGUCGGCGUUGGCGGCAUCGGCGGCUGGCAGCUCGGCGGGGCUGAGGGUGGCUGGGGCGAGGGCUGGGUGUUUGGUGCUGGCCCCGCGCAGGCCAACGGCAGCGUGAGCAAGAAGGCCGAGUAGGAGAGGAG